GUAGGACCAGCUCCAAACAAUCAACCAAUCAGAGCUCAAGCAAAAGUUAGCGUAAUAGUGCCUCCUAGAGCUUUGGAAAUACGUGGGCACAAGAAUGGAAGUACUGUUGAAAUGAGGGAAGGGCAGAAGUUGUCUCUACAGUGUAUUGCCAAAAACAGCAAACCGGCCACGAAGCUCAAAUGGAUGAGAAAUGGCGUAGAAAUUACCAAGGAUAUUACUCCUAUGAAGGAAGACGAAUCCUCUUCAACCUUGAAAACCACUUCAAUCUCCAUUACCUUGUCUCCGAAGUUAGAUGACAAUGGAGCCAUUUACAGCUGUGUUGGUGAACAUUCAGCAGUUUCCAGACCAUUGAGAACUAACGUCUUCUUGAGUGUCUUAUUUCCACCAGGUCCUCCACAAAUAGAAGGUUAUCACGAUGGCGAUAUUGUGCAAGUAGGUGACAAGCUGACGUUGGCAUGCAUAUCUAGAGGAGGAAAUCCACCAGCUCGUCUAAUAUGGUUUCGAAAUGAUGAUCAAGUGGAUAUAACGUAUUCCACAGGCGGUCGGGAAGCCACCAAUACUCAUACAUUCACUGUUGGACCGAAAGACAACAAAGCCAUUUACAAAUGCGAAGCAUCAAAUGUAGUUACUUUGCAGCCUCUAUCAGCCUCCGUGAGAUUGAAUGUUCUCUUUGCACCAACGAAAGUUGUUAUUAGUGGGCCUAAAGAAGUUCGCGUGGGAGAGUCUGUCACUUUGUCUUGCAAAACGGGCUCAAGCAAUCCACCAGUCGAAGUUUCAUGGGUAGUUGACGGCAGACCUAUGAUGUCUACUCAAGCUGUCACUGAAGACGUUGCUGGCGGAUGGGUGACUUCAUCAAAUGUCACCGUUUCCGUGACCAGGCAGGAUCCCGAUACUAAAACCUUUUCCUGCUAUGCUGUAAGUGAAGCCCUGGGUGAAACGAUAGUACAGACGUCAACCGUAGCUGUUGUCUAUCCACCAUCAGCUCCCGUUAUUUCUGGAUAUAAUGACAGUAGAUCCAUCAAAGCCGGAGACUUACAGAAAUUUGUCUGCGCAUCUAAAGGGGGUAAUCCACAAGCAACACUGAAAUGGUUCAAAAAUGACAAAGAAAUUCGAGCAGUAGAGAAAAGCGCUACUACAGGGACCACUAGUGAAUUGGUAAUACGGGCGGAGGCUAGUGACAACGGAGCAAAAUAUCGCUGCGAAGCUAUCAACAGUGCUCUCAAGAAGCCCCUUGUAGCCACAAUCACUCCUUCCGUUCUUUUUACUCCAGCUUCAGUAACAAUAAAGAUGAAACCAAGAAAACCAAAGGCUGGAGAUGUUGUUACCUUAACUUGUGAUACUGCCAGCAGUAACCCAGAAGCUACCAUUUUGUGGUGGAAAGAUGGCGAGUCUAUUUCCGGUCACCAUGAAGGAGUUGUGGAUUCUACCUAUGGUGGAAAAUCCACACGUAACCGCGUCCGUUUUAAUGUAACAUCUUCUGAUGAUAUGAGUUCCUACACUUGUCAAGCAACCAAUCAUCUAUUAAGGAGAACUGUCCAUGAGAUCUUUGUCCUCAGAGUUUUGUAUAAGCCAGAAUUCCUCCUCACUCCCGCGGAGCGAUUUGAUGUUAUGGAAGGGGAGUCAACAGUCAUCAAUGCUACAGCAAGGGCGAAUCCUCCCCAAAUCACAUACUCAUGGACGAGGAAUGGACUUCCUUUGCUAGACAUGGCAGAUGGCAAUGCGCGUCCCAGUGGAGCACGGUACGGUCAUAGGGCAGUCUAUCGUGGACCGCUUUUGGAACUAAAUGAUGUGACAAGGGACGAUGGCGGAGAAUAUGGAUGUGAAGCGGCUAACACAGAAGGAGUGACAUGGACAUCAGUAAACAUAAAUGUCAUAUAUCCCGCGCGCAUCACGAAGUUAACUCGCAGCACAGUAGUUGGAAGUGGAGAGACAGCAGAAUUUGAGUGUCAGGCCGUUGCAAACCCAUUUGUGAGCAGAAUGAUCACGUGGAGGCGGCCUGGUUUUGACAUGAGUAGGACGCACGAGACGGUCGAACGUGGCAAGUCUGUUCUGAGUGUGGUCAAUGUAUCGAGGCAGGAUACAGGAGAAUUCGAAUGCGUUGCCUUCAACGGAAUCGGAUCAGAAGCUGUCCAAACGGCACAGCUCAUUGUGAAAUUUAAACCUGAAGUUCGCUUGCCUCACAGCUUCGUGGAUGUAGCAGGAGAGGAAGGUGAAGCUGCUCGUUUGGUGUGCUUAGCAGAAGGUGCACCAGCCAUUAGUUUCGUCUGGUCCUACAAUGGGGGCGUCAUUGGUGAUAACUUCAGUAGUAGCAAAUAUGCCUCUCAGGCAGCUCAACUAGAUGAUGUGACAUGGGAGAGUGUUCUCUUCGUAAAGCACCUCCAAGCAAAUGAUUUUGGAUAUUAUACAUGUGUAGCGCGGAAUGAACUAGGACAUGACCAUGUUAAAGUCAAGCUCAGGAGAAGAGGUCCUCCGGAUCCACCUUACAAUAUCCGGAUAGUCAAUACAUCAGCUGACAGCGUAGUUCUCAGCUGGACUCCUGGAUAUAGCAGUGGCCUUCCUCAGCAGUUUAGGAUUCGAUACGAGGUAACAGGAUCUAAUGAUCCGAAGUAUACAGACGUCUUUCCUGCCAAUAGCACUGUCUUCAUUGUAACAGGUCUGGAACCAGAAAAGGAGUACAGUUUCAGCAUGUCGGCCAGAAAUAUGUUAGGAGAGAGCUUAUACAGUAGAGAGAACACUAGAGCAAUUACACAAAGUAAGUAAAUCUUGAGCAAAUUGAAAUAUGCAAGCAAAAAUGUUCUUAGCGGUAAAUUUCUUUACUAUUUCCACCACAAAAAAUAG